GUCAGUCGUCAGUUCUCGGUUCGGCUUCAGCGAUUUAUGUCUCGGUCAAGUAUCGUCAAUAUCUACGCUUUCCAGAAAUCAAUCUUGUGAUUCGAUUGCUUGCAAAGCAAACCGAACAGAGAAUUUCGGAACGUACUUUUUUUUUUUGGGGGGGGGGGGAAGAUUUGAAGAAAUGGAAGAAAUACUGCUUGCUAUUCUUUCGAUGCUUCUCGUCGUAGCAUUGAUUCCGUUGUACCUUUGGAAGCGCGGUCAGGAUUCUCGAUCACCUUCUAAUCAGGAUGAGACUCAUGAGGAACCUCGACAGGAAGCUGUGGUACGUGCCACUGGCACGCGUCGAAUGCGUCGUAGACCGGCUGCUUCUGGUGCCAGCUCUUCAUCAGCUACAGCGGCAACAGUUGAAGAAACUGUAGAGGAAAGUGACGAUGAAGGUGCUGGCGCUGGGUAUUAUGGGGCUAAAGCGUCAAAGAAAAGGGAAAAGAAACGGCAAGAGAGGGAAGCUCGCCGACAGGCUGAAGAAGCUGCACGGGAGUCAAGGCAGACAAAACAAGACCAUUAUGCAGAGAUGCGGAGGAAGAAGGACGAAGAGCGUGAGGCAGAGGAGCGUAGGCUGGAAGAGGAAGCCAAAGCUCAGAAAGCCAGGGAGGAGGAAGCUGCUGCAUUAGAGUUUGAGAAGUGGAAAGGUGAAUUUUCAGUUGAUGAUGAAGGUACUAUGGACGAAGCGCAAGAUGGUAAUCAAGACUUGCUAUCAGACUUUGUUGAAUAUAUAAAGAAGCACAAAUGUGUUCCUUUAGAAGAUCUUGCUGCCGAAUUUAAAUUGAGGACGCAGGAAUGUAUUAAUCGCAUCGCCUCCUUGGAAAAGAUGGGAAGGCUUUCUGGUGUCAUGGACGACAGAGGAAAAUAUAUUUACAUCUCUCUGGAAGAGAUGCAAGCUGUUGCUGACUAUAUUAAGAGGCAGGGGAGGGUUAGCAUUUCUCACCUCGCCAGUAAGUCCAAUCAGUUUAUUGAUCUGGAGCCUAAGUCCCAGCAUAUUGAAGACAUUACUACUGUGGAUGAGAUUAUUGCCAACUAGCAUCUUUGGGGUAGAUGAAGCUAUGCCAAGACAAAGGUGGAGAUCAUCUUCAUUCUGUAUUAUUUUCCUAGACAAGGUAUAUGCUACAACACUAAAAAGAAUGCAAUGAUGCUGGUAGUGGUUUUUUAUGGGGAAAAUUAUCAACUUGAUAGCAUUCUUGUGUUGAUAUUCAAUGCUCAAGUAGCAAAUUGAGGCAGCCAACUUUUUGCUUAUGGUUUGGACUUUAGUAAUAUUGGCUAGGUUAUUAACUGUUGGAUUCUAAUUUUUAAGCUUCAUAGGAAAAUUUCUUGAAAGACGAUCUGUAAGUAAAAGGUGGACCGAAGUAAUAUGAAAUACACUUUCGAGUGGGCUGAACGUUUCA